AUGGGUUUUUCUAGUUAUUUCGGUGUGAUCGUCGUCUUGUAUGUUCUUUUUCUGAAUGUUCUUGCCAUUGUCGAUGAGCUUGAUCAUGUUAAUGAAAAUGAAAACAAUUUGCUUCAGCGUCCAUCUGAUCAACAAGAGAUGAUGGAAUAUAAAGGGAACAGGAGAUCUUUGACACUUUUGUUACCUGCAUUGAUUGGUGCUGGUGUUGUUGCUGCUGGUGCUACUGCUGCAGGUGUCGGUGGUGCCGCUGCUUUAAAACACGCCGCGGCGAUGAGAGAAAGAAAGCGGGUCGAAGCCCAAGGCGACGGCGGCGGAAAUGGUGGUGGUGGUGGUGGUUUUAAUUUUGGAGGUCACAUAGGAGGUAAUGGUCAAGGUAAUGGUGCUGUUCCUGAUGGUGGACCUGGCAACCCUAAUGUUGGUGGUGGCGGAGGUGGUGUGAAUGCUGCCGGAGGUGGCAAUGCUAAUGUUGGUGGUGGUGGAGAUGGCAACCCUAAUGUUGGUGGUGGAAGUGGAGACGCCGGUGCUUCUGCUCAGGCUCGUGCUAAGGCUGAAGCUGAAGCUAGAGCUGCUGCUGGUGGAGGUGGAAACGCUGGUGCUUCUGCUCAAGCUCAUGCUAAGGCUGAAGCCGAAGCUAAAGCUGCGGGUGGUGGUGGUAGUGGAGGAGGCGCUGGCGCUAGUGCUUCUGCUCACACAAACGUGCAUGUUCAUGUCCAUGUUGCAGGAAAAGGAGGAGCUGGAGCCGGAGGAGACGACUGA